AUGCAUCUCCGGAACUUCUCUCUCGCGGUGAUCUCGACGGUCGUGGCCUCCGGAGCCUGGUACGCUUAUCAGGGUAGCAACUCGCAGCCAUCCCCAGUUGGCGCAACUGCCACUUCGCAACUACGCUCCUUCGCAACCACGACUGCCUAUGCGGAGGAGCCUUCGGAGGCCACCCGUCGUGCUCUGUUGGUCGAUAACGAUCAGUUCUACACCGCCACGUUAUCGGGGGAACAGCCGCUGUUCAAACAUACGGACGACUCCGAUCGCCGCGUGCUCGAGAUGUUGACGCCGGAACAAGCCACGCAGAAACUAAGGAAGAAUGAGGAGUCGUAUCUAGUUCACCGCGGCAAGGGUGUGGUCCGGUACGAUGUCGUCCAGGUGCCCAGCAACUCUCCGAUCGAAGACGACCAUGCUGAGAAGGUCGUGGAGGUGCCUUCGUCUGUAGCGGCGGCUCAAUCGGGUGAACCUAACAGUGACUGGAUGUUCUGGGGUGUGUUUGAUGGACACUCGGGCUGGACGACGUCGGCCAAGCUGCGGAAUGUUCUCAUCUCCUACGUCGCUCGCGAGUUGAAUACAACAUACAAGGCGGCGGCUGCCGAUCCGUCCAUUGUUACUCCGACUUCCGCAGCAGUGGAUGCUGCCAUCAAGCAGGGCUUCGUACGUCUCGAUAACGAUAUCGUGCACGGUAGUGUGGAGAAAGUGCUGAAGUCAAACUCUCGGCGGGUUGCGGCUGAGAUGCUCGCGCCCGCUCUGUCGGGAUCUUGUGCGCUCUUGGCCUUCUACGACUCUCAGUCCAAGGAUUUGAAGGUGGCCUGCGCCGGGGAUUCGCGAGCGGUCCUCGGCCGUCGUAGUGAGAACGGAAAGUGGUCUGCCACAGCGCUCUCUGAAGAUCAGACUGGUGGCACUCCGUCCGAAGUGAAGCGUCUCCGGGAGGAACACCCAGGAGAGCCUUACGUUGUUCGCAACGGUCGUAUUCUGGGCAACCUGGAACCGAGUCGUUCCUUCGGAGAUGCCUUCUACAAGUGGAGCAGAGAGACGCAGGAGAAGAUCAAGCGCCAGUUCUUUGGAAGGACUCCCCACCAGCUCCUCAAGACUCCUCCCUACGUCACUGCUGAGCCUAUCAUUUCGACUACCAAGAUUGAUCCCAGCCGAGGUGACUUCCUGGUCAUUGCUACAGACGGGCUGUGGGAGAUGUUAAGCAACGAGGAGGUCGUGGGUCUCGUGGGUCAGUGGAUCGAGCAGCAGCAGUCCGGCUCGGGAAGCAACACGACGUGGCUGAAGAGCUGGCUUGGCUUCGAGAGCAAGCAGCUUCCCGUCGAGGAGUCCAAGGAGACCGCCACCGAUGGUCAGCGUCGUCCCAUCCGCCAGCAGCAGUACGAUAUCGCCGGCGCUGCCAGCCGCUUCGUCGUCGAGGAUAAGAAUGCCGCCACCCAUCUUGUGCGCAACGCCAUGGGCGGUAAGGAUCGGGACAUGGUUUGCGCACUUCUGACGCUCCCCAGCCCGUACUCCCGGAGAUACCGUGACGACGUCACUGUCGAGGUGAUCUUCUUCGGCGAAGGACCGGAUAACCGGACGAUAUCGAUCAAUGAAGAAGCCAGCGCAUCGGAAGAGACCCCCAAGGCUAAGCUUUGA